AUAGAAAACAACCUAGGAGCUCAGGAAAAGAACAUGUAUAAAAUGCAAAACCGGCAUUGAGUGAGAAUUCCCUCUCCUAUGCUCUAAGGUUGUCAAACAAUGUCGCAAUCGGUGCAUCUCGUCGUCGCCAAGAACAUUGGUUGCGGAAUGCCAGAAGGCAGGUGUCUCCCAUGCUCGGGUGUUUCUGGAAGAACAGCUGCUGCAUAUUCUUGCUCUUCUCUAGGUUAUUACAGAAUUCAUUCACAUGUCAAAAUUAGAGGGUUAAAGUGUGGUUCUGUGGGUGCAUCUUUUGUAUGCGAAGCAAAGAGGAACCCUGAUUUCUCAUGGCAAAACAAGAAUAGGCUCUCCAGAAGCAGGAACAGGAGCAAUGAAGGGAGAGAUGGCUUUGAGAACUUUGAAGAGGACAUGUUAUCUUCGAAAAAUGGACCAUUGGCAUCUCUUUCAACUUCUGGAAAAUACCAGGCUACUGCAGCCCCUGGACCUAGAGAGAAGGAGAUUGUUGAGUUAUUUAGGAAGGUUCAGGCUCGGUUGCGUGAGAGGGCAGCUAUCAAAGAAGAAAAGAAAGUUGAAACCUCCCGAGGACAAGGUAAAGAGAACAGUACUGUAGAUUCCCUUCUCAAACUACUGAAGAAACACUCAGUGGAGCAAGUAAAGAGAAGCAGUGGAGGAGGCAGAGGGAAAGAUUUUAGUUUGGACCAGCUGCAAGAAAGUAACCAAUUCAAUGGUGAACGAAGCACUAAAUUUUCUGAUUUGGGUAGUGCUCCAAAGGAUGAGUCCCUAGAAGCCAACAUCUCUGUAGCUAGGCCUCGAUCAAGUUUCCAAAGAAGGUCUCCUGUUCCUCGUGUUAAGUACCAGCCUGUCUCUAAUAAUGAGGAUGAUAUGAAUGUAGUGCCAAUGAGUAGUGGUGAUGGAGAGAGCGAUCAGGAUCAGAUAGGUUUGAAGCUUGACGACGAGCCAGAGCCUGAUUCUGAACCUGAUCUUGAUCCAAAGGAUGAGCUUUUCUUCCCAGAUAUGGGGAUUGCUGAAUUAUCAGAGGAUGAUUCUCAUGAUUCUGAACAAACCUAUAAUGAUGAGAGUGUGGAGGAGCAGCUAGUGGUUCGACAUGAGGAUUUGAGUGCACUGAAGCUGCCUGAAUUGAGGGCACUUGCAAAGUCUCGUGGCUUAAAAGGGUUCUCAAAAAUGAAGAAGGGCGAGCUCAUGGAGUUGCUAAGUUAGAGCUGAUUUUGAUCGAAUGAUAUACGGGAAGAAAGAAGAACAGACAAAAACACUUGUCAUAGUAAAAUAGAUGUUUCUUUUUCUGUUUUUAGCUUACAUUUUCUAUCUGAUGUUGUUUCUUUGAGAUUUUUUUUUUUAAGCUAGUUCUUCCUAGUUCCAAGUACUUGUGGAGGUUGAGAGUUUGUGGAUCAUUAGAGUAAUCAUGAUAUCUUUACCUUGCUGGAAUUUUAAAUUUGUAGUUGUGUUCCCUUGAUGAGAUCUGUUACACUUACACCCAAGGUAUUGGUAAUCUUUACCAGGCUAGUGCAUUUACCAUAAUUGUACUGUGGUUUUGGU